CUGGAAUCCGGGCUUCGGGCUGUGGACGUGCGCGGCGCGAGGCUCCCCGGGACUUUGGGCGCCGCUUCCGACGCCUGGGGUGAGUUUGGGAGCUGCUUCGAAAUAAAUUUUUUGCCCAGCCAUGUCGCCGGCUCCAGCUCCUGCCCAGGCUCCAGCAUUGAUCUCCUUGUUUGACCUCCACACGGAUGCUCCGGUGUUUCAGGGCCUGAGACUGGUGAGCCGCGCACCCGAGGAGGCUCUGGCCCAGGCUCUGAGAUCUUCCUGUCCAGAUUCAGAGGAGAGAUCAAGCCCAAAAAGAAAACCUCUGAAUAUUUCAGAGAAGUUAUUUUGCUCAACCUGUGACCAGGCUUUCCAGAAUCACCAAGAACAGAGGGAACAUUAUAAGCUUGACUGGCAUCGAUUUAACCUAAAGCAGCGUCUCAAGGACAAACCCCUCCUGUCUGCCCUGGACUUUGAGAAGCAGAGCUCGUCAGGAGAUCUUUCCAGCAUCUCAGGAUCAGAAGACUCAGACUCAGCCAGUGAGGAAGACUUACAGAUACCGGAUGAGGAGAAGCCAGAGUUUGAGAAUUCUAACCGACCGCAAGGCUUCCACCCACAUCGGGUUCUUUUCCAGAAUGCCCAGGGCCAGUUUCUUUAUGUCUAUCGCUGUGUCCUAGGCCCUCGCAAGGUGCCGGCAGAGGAGCCGGAAGUGCUGCUUCACAACCUGCAAAGUGGAGGUCCCAGGUGCUGCGUGGUGCUCAUGGCUGCGGCUGGGCACUUUGCUGGUGCCAUUUUCCAAGGAAGAGAAGUGGUGACACACAAAACUUUCCACCGCUACACGGUGCGGGCCAAGCGGGGCACCGCCCAAGGGCUUCGGGAUGCCCGGGGGGGGGCUUCUCGCUCUGCUGGAGCCAACCUGAGACGCUAUAAUGAAGCCACGCUGUUUAAGGAUGUUCGUGACCUGCUGGCAGGGCCAGGCUGGGCUAAGGCGCUGGGGGAGGCUGGGACAAUACUGCUUCGUUCACCCCGCUCUGGUCGGUCCUUGUUCUUCGGAGGCCCUGGGGCACCCCUGCAACGGGGGGAUCCCCGACUUUGGGAUAUCCCCCUCACUACCCGCAGACCCACCUUCCGAGAGUUACAGCGAGUGCUCCAUAAGCUGACCACCUUGCAUGUCCAUGGAGAAGAUCCUCGAGAGACAGUCAGGCUAGGCUCACCUAAGAUCCACUGGAAGACAAUGAAAGAGAAGAAGGAGGCUAUCAAAGAAGAAAGAAAGAUCCCCGGUGGUGAAAGCGAGGCACGGGAGCAGAAUGAGGAAGCUCCUCAACAGGGGUCAGGGUCAGAGGAUGACUCCCAGGUGGAACUGGAACUAGUGGAAUUGACGCUGGGGACUCUGGAUCUUCGUGAGUUUGAAGUGUUGCCCAAGCGGAGGAGGAGAAAAAGAAAUAAAAAGGAGAGAAGCCAAGACCCAGAGGCUGGGGCACUGAAGACUCCUCCCCAGAAAUGUCAAGACGACAAUGCCUUGUCACAGUCGCCUCAGGCCCAGGCAGCUUCUUUGGGCUCCUCAUUGGAUGAAGCUGGGGCCCCUCGUCAGCCAGAGCUCUGGGACAUGCUUCUAGCUGCUUGCCGAGCUGGAGAUGUUGGGAUGCUGAAGCUGCAGCUGGCGGCCAGCCCCGCGGACAUGCAAGUCCUGUCUCUGCUCAGCGCUCCUUUGGGCUCCAGCGGUUUCACACUCUUGCAUGCAGCAGCUGCAGCCGGGAGAGGCCCCGUGGUUCGUCUGCUGCUGGAGGCAGGUGCUGACCCCACUGUGCAGGACUCCCGGGCCCGGCCACCAUAUGUGGUGGCAGCUGACAGAUCGACACGUAAUGAGUUCCGCAGGUUCAUGGAGAAGAGCCCAGAUGCCUGGGACUACAACAAGGCUCAGGUGCCGGGACCACUCACACCAGAAAUGGAGGCACGGCAGGCUUCGCGCAAAAGGGAGCAGAAGGCUGCCCGGCGGCAACGAGAAGAACAGCAACAAAAGCAGCAGGAGCAGGAGAAGCGAGAACAAGAGGAGCAACAGCGAUUUGCUGCCCUCAGUGACCGUGAGAAGAGAGCUCUGGCUGCAGAGCGCCGACUAGCUGCCCAGUUGGGAACCCCGCCUCCUGCGAGCCCCGGCUCUGCCACGAUCAGCGAUGUUCGACGCUGCUGGAGCUGUGGGACAUCCCUCCAAGGCCUCAUUCCCUUUCACUACCUAGACUUCUCUUUCUGCUCCACACGCUGCCUCCAGGAGCAUCGCUGUCGAGCUGGGAAGUCUUCUUCCUGAUCUCACAGAACUAGCUGGGCCAAGUCUAGGUUCUGGGGCACAUCACACUGGCCUGAGUUUCUUCUUCCCCACAAGACCAGAGCGGGUGGAAGAGAGGGUGAAGAACACUCGGGAACCAGGGCAAAGUCAGGGCCACAGAGUAUGUGGAGCUGGUACUGUCUCUGGAACUUUAAUCACAAUAAAGUUUGGCAAGGAA